AUGUCGACUUUUUCCAAAACAAGUUUCAAGACGUUAAACUACAACAGUUUCCGCCCGCAUUAUCCGCCGUCAUUCUACGCGAUACUCGCGCGAUACAUCCAACAACACGGUGGAACUCAUCUCCCUGUCGAUACAGCUGUAGAUUUAGGGUGCGGCACGGGGGUGGCCACUUAUCCCUUGUUGAAUUUGGCUCGUCAUGUAAUUGGAGUUGACUUGUCUCCCGGGAUGAUUGAAACUGCCAAUUCACUAGUGGAUGAACGUUUACAGCAGUUGGGUAUUGCCGGUCCGUCAUCGUCAUCGUCACCAUCAUCAUCAGCAACAACACCACCACCAACGAUUGAGUUCAAGUGUGGUGCGGUUGAGGAUUUUGUCAACUCGGGACAACGGGGCGAGAUCCAGAAUGGGUCUGUGGAUUUAAUCACUGCUGCGCAAUGCAUUCAUUGGUUCAAAGACUACCAUGUGUUUUUCGCUAGUGCUGCCCAGUUGUUGAAAUCCGGUGGUGUAUUGGCUUAUUUCUACUACAUCGAUCCCAUGAUUGUUGAUUUUCUGGGCCCCGCGCGGGAGGAUAAGAGCAAACAAGAGAUUUUGCAGGAUGCCUACUCGGUGUAUCGCAAGUACGCUUACGAUGAUCCAACGUUGAUUGGGCCACAUUGGGAGCAGCCAGGUCGAAGCAUCUUAAAGCAUUUCUGCGUGGACGUGAACGAACAAAUCCCUCGUGAUUUGUAUCAAGAUGUAGUGGUGAACACUUUUAAGGCUGGUGCUGACAAUGUUCGCGCUGAUGAUUCCAAAGAUUUGGAUUUGAAGAAAUUGAAGAUCAAGUUGAGCGAAUACGUCGAUUACUUUUCGACUUAUAGUGGAUUCCAUAAUUUCAGGGAAAAGACUGGCAGAGCAGAUCUUUUGAGCAGCGAUUUUUUGAAGGAGUUGGUUGGUGUGACUGGGUGGGAUUUGGACAAGACCGAGAUUGAUCUUGUUUGGAACACGGGGUACACCUUCAUGACAAAGAAGUAA